UAUUUCUUCAUUAUCAUCAAAUAUUCUACUGUUUUGAGUUACUACUUCUUACUUCAAUCAGAAUAUUCGCUAAGAGGGCGCUAGUGUGUAGUGAAUUUCUUUAUGUUGUUUAUUAUAUCUCGCAGACUUAGCAAUCAAGUUUCAUUUCGUUUUUAUUUCUGUUUUUGCUGUAACUAAUUGAUACAUUUAUAUUUUUAAUUAUUUAUAUUUAAUUCAUGCAAUCUCAAUACGUCGUAGGAUUGUGUUGCACGUGGAUAUUGUGUCAGUACAAAAAGCACAUUUUUUUGACAUUUGUUUUCAAUAUCAAUAAAAUGAAGAAAUACGAAAGUUUCAAAAUGAAGAAAUAUGAGAUUUUAAAACAUAUUGGAGAAGGAUCUUUUGGACAGGUGUACAAAGCUAGGAAGCGUUCAGAUGGUGAAGUUGUGGCUUUUAAAAUGAUAAGAAAGUGUGGCAGAUCGUACAAGGAACUCAAAAGUCUGCGUCAAGAAUGCGAGAUUCAACGUUACUUGCAGCAUCCAAAUAUCGUACAAAUGAUAGAUUCAUUUGAAACAGAAAAUGAGAUCGUAGUUGUAACAGAAUACGCAGACAAGGAAUUAUAUGAUAUACUAGCCAAGGAAGGUAGAUUAUCUGAAGAAAGGGCACAAGUAAUAGCCUGUGAUCUCGUAUCUGCACUUUAUUAUUUGCAUUCAAAUCGAGUGAUGCACAGAGAUCUCAAGCCACAGAAUGUCCUUUUGGAAGCAAAUGGUAUAGCUAAGUUAUGCGACUUUGGAUUUGCUCGUAGUAUGAGUACUGGUACUCAUGUGCUUACGUCAAUCAAAGGCACACCACUAUAUAUGGCACCAGAACUUAUAGAGGAAUAUCCAUAUGAUCACAAUGCUGAUUUGUGGUCUUUAGGCUGUAUUGUUUAUGAAUUAGUAGUUGGUGCUCCUCCAUUUCAAACUAAUUCAAUAUUACAUCUGGUCAAAUUGAUUAGAUUUGAAGCAAUAAAAUGGCCAGAUUUUAUUUCGCCAAUUUGCAAAAGUUUCUUACAAGGUUUGCUUCAAAAAGAUCCUUCUCAGCGAUUAACAUGGCCUGCACUUCUUGAACAUCCAUUUGUCAAGGAUCGAAUUAUAAUAGUAGCUGGUGCUGUACCUACUCCAUUCACAAAUCCAUUAUCUGCGAGUCAAGCAAGAGCAAAGCAGCAACAAUUACAGAACUUAGCGAUGCGUACUGCAAAUCAAACUAAAGUUGUGGAGAAAGCAAUAAAAAAACUACAAGAACAGGAGAGAAGACAUUAUGAAUAUCGACAACGAACGUGUAUCUCACAACCCGGUUAUCUGAUAUCCCCUGCUUAUUGUCAUCAUAUGAUAAAUCAUUGUCAAGCAUUACGGCGAAGCGAACCAAGUGGCACUGAUUCCAGCGCUAGUAUUGAUGUCCUCUUAGGAAAUCUUAGUCUCAGAGCAUCCCUGAAAAGUGAUCUUUUAGCUGCAGAUCAUGUUUUAUGUCAGAGCGACUGUCCACAUAGUACAAACAUGCAACACAACUUUCCAAUAUUAAAUGAUCAUUUGAAACCUGUUCAAACGCAAACGGACGAUUCUUUACGACCGUUGAAUAAAGAAAUGUAUCAUACUAAUGCUCAAGGUGAUGGAAUCAAUGUAGGUCAACAGAUUGAAAAAUCUUCACAUAUUGAUCAAAUUGUGCAUGGCGAUGGUGAUUGCAAGCAAAGUUGCUUGAGCAUUGAUUACGAACAGGAAUUUGGUGAGAGAAACUUGACUGAAAAACACGCAAGAUUGCCAGAUUGGGAUCCGAGAGCAGUGGAAAGGCCCAUUGAAAAUGAAGAAUGGAUUGUAUUUUUACAAAGGUCAAUGGAAGAAGUUAUGGAGGGUGAGAUUGACUCAUUGUUGCAACAGAAUUGCGUUUCAGUAUUUGUUUCUCCUUUGCGAAAUCCGGCGGCCGGUUGUCGAGUUGUCGAAUAUGUGACUUGUUUAUUAUCAUUACCAUUUACCGUGUCAAUAAGUAAAGAGAAUCUCAAAAAGAUUGAACAAGUUUAUUUAGAUGUGAGAGUAGUACCAAAUCUCGUUUACGCCAUAAAAUUAUUAAUGUCGGAACGUUCCGAUAACGAAUUAAAUACAAUAAAUACAGUCAACGUGGGAACAAGAUCAGCAUCUUCUUUAUCCGCCGAUGAGCUUCAAGCACUCGAAUGUGCUAUGCUAAUUCUUUGUAGAUUGAUUUAUAUUGAAGAUCAAUUUCUCAUGCAAUUUUGUGAUGCCAUUUAUAUCGUAAAUGGAAUGCUACUUUUACAGCAACUACUAACUUUGGAAAAAAGAAAGGCAAGAGUCGUGGCAGAUCUUGUUGCAAUCUUAAAUAACGUUCUGCGAUCUCAACCUGAAAACGCUGAACUUGUAGAACAAGUUGUGCUGCGUACAAAAACUCCUGGAGCUUCGGUGGAACAGUUGAACAAACUUCUUAAUCAUCGACAAGCUGUUUUACGAGCAAGGACAUGUACUAUGAUUAGAUUGUUGGGUAGAUUUUGUUGUAGAGCUUUACAACAGAUCUGGAAUAAGUCAUUAAGGGAUCUUAUGGAAAGUUUAAUUGAGGACGAAGACGAGCAUGUCCGACAUGCAGCAAAAGAUGCUAUAAAUGAAUUGAAACAAUUAACAUAUUAUAAUUAGGAAAACUUCAAGUGUCUUAAGUAUCUUAGA